GGGACAGAUGACUUCAAACAGGGCAUUUUUGUCUUCGUUAUUUCAAAUGAGCAUUUGCUUUAUUGUCAGUGAAAUAUAAUAUAUCUACGUGACAUUGGCCAUGAAGCGGAAAUUAUCUACAGUCACAGUAGUCUGACAGUAGCGAAACUGGCGAAAAAACACAAUACUAUAUUCUACAUGACACAUCAUAAAUAAGAACCUAAACAAUGGCUGACAUGCAGGCUGUCCAACAAGCCUACUUAUUGGCUCUCACAGAGGGAAACCAAGAUCCAGCAUUGUAUAUACAGACACUUAUACAUGCAGACUGUCAGCUGGCACUAAAAUACAUGUCAAUCAAUAUGGAAAGUUUAAUUGAGCUUAAUAGUCAGAAUGUUGAUCAGCUGACCAGAAUCACCAUAGCAUUGAGUAUCUUAGAAAAAUAUACCAGACACCUGCUCAAACCUGAAGAGAAUAGGUCAAACAUGUGGAAGUAUGUCAAGUUUUCUAACCAGAUCUUCAAAGAUAGGGUUGAUGCUAUACAGGGAGGAAGAGAAUUAAUGAAGAUGAUGGGCUAUACAAAGGAUAUAAAGGAUGGACUAGCAUUCCCAGAUGACGGUAAAACAGAUCCAGAGGUUCUCACUCAAAUGUUGGCUGAUAUAUUACUUGGUAAACAAGAACUUCAGUUGUUCCUUACGGGAUCUCAUCCACAUAGCCAGUUUAUUGACAAACUUCUCCCGCAGAAUACUUUAAUAGAAUUAAAGAGAUUUCGGAACAAACUACAGCAGGUUGAUCCAAGUUCAGUGUUAGACAAUAGACCUGCAAAUCAAGUUACUUCAGUUAGCCAAGUCAGAGAACCUUCUCUUAACCAGCCUACAAUAAAGCCUGACAGUUAUCUCCCCGAGACACGUUUAUCCACAUCACAGUAUGGUAACAGUCCAUUGUCUAGUCCGACUCCUAGCAGUUAUAGAACAGCAGCAGAUCAAAGUCAACAGCUCUCUAGACCAGAAUCAUCUGCCUUCAGCUAUGUUACAGCUAAUACUGGCGUACAGGAAGCACAAUCUCAACCACAAUUUGUUGUUCCACAAUCCAUUGUGACUGCACAACAGUUACACAAUGCUCAGCCAAGUUUAGGUCGUAUUGACUCCAACCAAAUACCUAUUAUGGCCAAGCUGAUGGCACAAGGGAAGUCUAUUUCAUUAAUGUCACAUGACAAUGAGUCGUCGUCACCUUCUAUCUCUACGUCAACAUCAACUUCCAAACCUGUAUCAUCAGAGAAUUCACCUAGUGUCAUGUCAGAACCUAGUGUUCCACAAGCUCAGCCAUCAACACAACUAAACAAUGACAGCAUUGUAAAUACUUCUACAGAGGAAUCAGUAUUUCCAAGCGGUUCAGCUUGUGAUAUAUGUGGUAAUCGUCAGGCAGAAGUGAUAUGUGAGAUAUGUGAUAAUAAACAACUCUGUUUAGACUGUGAUGAUAAAUGGCAUCAGCAUCCUAGACGACAGAACCACAGACGGGAAAACAUUGCAGGAGAGGCUGAUGACCAUUUACCCAAUCAAAAGCCAAGAAUUAUAUCACAUGGGGAAACACCUCAAGUAAGGAAAGUUUCAUCACAUGAAGGAAGAACUGACAUGACAAUGCCACAUGGUGGUGGCGGUGAUAGCUUUGUGACAGCUAAUUACAACCCUCCUCAGCAGACGGGUUAUUACAAUCCUCCUCAGGCAAUGGCUAAUUUCAAUUCUCCUCAGACAAUGGCUAAUUUCAAAAAUCCUCAGUCAAUGGGUGCUGAAAAACGACCUGGUAUGUCUUAUUUAACCAAUCGAAUGCAGAAUCUUGGAGUAGAGGGACAUGGACGUGCAAGGGCAACUUCAGCAGGGGAGAGUGGCAUGGCAGAGAUGUCUAAUAUGAUGGAGCCACAAAGUGUGCAAACAGGGAGUUGGUCAAAUCAACACCAGGUACCUUAUGGUUACUCUCACCAGACCAAUGUUGUUGGACCCAUCCAAGCAUAUGGAAGUCCCAUGUCAGGAAGUCCCAUGUCACACAUGCAGCUCUCUUCUUCUCCUAGUAUGGCCAGUGGUGGUCAGCAGUUCUUCAAUAACCAGCAAGUUCAAAUGGGAAGUCAGCCUUAUUUUGCAAACCAACAAUUUCCCAGAAACCAACUGCAGCAUCAGCAGCAAAUGAAUUCCUCUCUCAGCCAGGGUCAUCAACAGAAUCAAUCUAGCACAGCACCAGGUGGACCACCUACUUCACGUCUGCUGCCCUCUAUUUUGGCAAUCCCUGACCUUCAGAGAAGAAAGUCAAAAGUUGAUAUAAAUUUGAUGACUCUUCGUGAGGAAAUUGAAGAUGUAGAAACAAAAAUCAACGAAUUAAUUUCUCAAAAUGGUCAGUUUUUCUCAGACCCUGAAUAUGCUUCAUUGUACAAGAAAAAGGGAAUGUUAACAAGAGAGAAAAUGGAAUUAGAAAAAUAUGAAAGAGAACUUGAACAAGCCUUAAGGGGGGAUGAACAAAACUCCUUUACACCAAGGAAAGGAAGUCUUCCUGAUGUUUUAAGUCAGCCAGUAAUUUUCCCUCCUCCUUAUUAUGGAGGACAACCUAGUCACAUCCAAAGUAACCAGCCACAGAUUGUUACCCAAUCACCUGGCUUCUUAGUAUAUAGCCUCAUACCACAGUCAACAAUAACUGGAAGUAUUUCUCCAGAAAGUCAAGGUCAACCUGGAUACAGCUUAAUACCAGCAACUCCUCAGCUUAUUUCAGCUCAUCAAAAUAUUCAAUAUCCACAAAUAUUUAGUAAUCAGCCUAGACCUCCCGACUUUCCAGGAGUGUAUCAAUCACCACCAUCGUCACAGAAUUUUGUGAAACAGCAAUUCCAUGCCACCAUUCCUCCAAGAAUUGAUAGAGGUCAGCAAAAAACAACUCACCAAAGGUCAUUUGAGGAAAAAAUGGACAAUGUUUUACCAAACCUUAAUCCUAAGCCCCAACAAAUGACCCAAGAUACAAUGCAAAAGGAAGAACGACAAAAUCAGCAAAAUACACUAAAGCUGACCCCACCAAUUCCACAUAGACAAAUUCUAGGAGUUAAUCCUCCUCAUUCAUAUGUUAAUGUUCCUACACUGUCAACCUCAAUUGUUCAAAGUCAGAAAAAAUUAGAGACAGUCGUAACUAAUUCUCAAGAUAUACGGACAUGGAUCUGUUCUCACUGUACACUUCAUAACAGGAAUAAUACAAAGAUCUGUAACAUGUGUUGUAAAACAAGUGGGAAGCCUCAAUAUGUUGAUGCCUCUACGUCAGUCUGUGAUACCACUGAUAAAGCUAAGGAUCCUAGUAUUGAUGAUGAGAAUGAGACGGCUGUCUUGGAAAUUGGACAAAAAAUUGGAGAAAUAACUGAUCAGAUUUAUAAUGAAAAAAUAGCUGCUCAGAAACAGUACAAAGAAAGAGUAGAAAAAGAAAAUUUACAAGCAGCGGCCCUGAAAUCUGCAUUACCAAAAGCAAAAUUACCUGAUCCAGUUCCAGUAGUCACGACAACAGUGAUUAACAUCAAACCUGAAGUUACAAAACCUGUCCAGUCAACUCCCAAAAUGAUCAAUAGACCCAAAGAAUCACCAAGCAAGAUGGUGGUAGGGUCCCCUUUCUCAGCAGAAAAGUUUUCUGGCUCAAGCACUGGGAAGAAUUUUGCUGAGACUCUGGAAGACAUACAGAGAAGGAAAAAACAAGAGGAAAUGCAGUUUGAAGGGAAAAAGUUACUCAUGCUUUUGAAGAAUUGUGAGAAGGAUGGAAUUGAUGCUGAAGAAGUGGAGCUAGCUGUGGAACUUUCUGGUGAUGUACCUGCUGGUAAAUGGUUGAGAGAAAAAUGGAUACCAUUGGUUGACAGGGUGAUACAUUCAGCGACCAAUCAGGGAGCUAUGAUGGAACAGAAUGAUGUUGGAGAGUUAUCUCUGAUAGAGAGCAAAGAGGCUCUCAAACACACUGGAAAUGAGGUGAACGCAGCUAGAAUGUGUGUAGAAUACAGAAAAAAACUGUACAGUGAAAUAGAAGGUCAUGGAAACUUUGCUAGAGAAGAUAUACUCCAAGCAAUGCUGCAUACACAAGGUGACCUUGAAAAUUCUGUAGAUGAAUUAAAUUCAAAAUGGCUGCAGUUGUUUUAUGACAGAAUAUGGCUGACAGAAGAAAAUGUUGCACAACUGGAAGGAGAGAAUCCAUUGGUGGAUGAUCAAAAGUUGGCUCAGGAGCUUGCCAUGGCUAGGGCUAAUGAAAUUUGUAACAGUGUGACAAACAGUGUCUUGUCUUAUACCACAUUCCAAGCUACAGUCAAGGACAGGACUGUUGACCUUGAGAGAAGAUUAAGACUGAUACUUGUUGAAGGGAAACUGCAAAGUUGGGGACGAGCAGAAAUUGUGAUAAGGAUCUUAGAUGAAGAAGUUGCCACUAAAAAUAUAGAAGCUUCGUUAGAGGAGGUUGUUGAAGCUGUAAGGAACUGUGGAGAUCGUGCUAGUUCUCUUGUCUUCCUUAAACAAUAUUGUGAAAUCUGUUAUUGUCAGUUUCCAAUGACAAAAAUAAGGAAUCUUGGGUGUAACUGUAAAUUGUGUGUUCAUUGUGUCAAGGAGAACUUUGAGAUAAUGAUACGUGAGAGACAUGUCAGGAACAUGAACUGUCCGAUGUGUAGUCUGCCUGAUAUGGAGAAUAUUGACGAGGCUUCAGACUAUUUAGCUUUCCUUACAUUACUGCUACAAACCAUGGUUCCUCAGGAUAUGAUGGAAUUAUUUCAUUCCAAAUUACGAGACUGGCAUUUACAGAAAGAUCCAAACUUUAGGUGGUGUGUUCAUUGUGGAAAUGGCUUUAUUUGGGCAGUUGGUAACCAAACACUGAUGAUGGCAUGCCCUACCUGCAAAAAAGGAACAUGUUUUAAUUGCAAGAAAAUGUGGGAAGAUCAGCACGAAGGUUUAACUUGUGAACAAUAUGCUCAGUGGAAGAUUGAUAAUGAUCCUGAAAAUCAAACAGCUGGAUUGGCUAGAUACUUAGAAGAUAAUGGCAUCGAUUGUCCAAGUUGUAAGAUGAAGUUUUCAUUAGCCAAAGGUGGAUGUAUGCAUUUUAAGUGUCCACAAUGUGGAUUUGAGUUCUGUAGUGGAUGUUCACAGCCUUUUCAUCAGAAAGGAGUUUGUAGAAAAUACCGAUCAUGUCAAGGCCAAGGCUUACAUUGUCAUCACCCUAGAAAUUGUUUAUAUUACCUACGUGAUGAAGAUUUUGAUGACUUACAGAAAUUACUCAAGACCAAUAAAAUACAUAUAAAUACCACAGCACCUGAUCAGGAAGCAGGGCAAUCAUGUCCUGUUAUGGAACAAAAAGAGGAUCCUGAAGGGAAAAGAGAUGAAGCUUGUGGGAGAGAGGUGGAAGAAGGAUUUGCUGGGUUGUGCAAAAUUCAUUACAAAGAAUAUUUAGUCAGCUUAAUAAACAAAAGAAAUGUGGAUCCAGUGGCUAUGAUGUCUGUGGAUGCCAUAAAGAGACUAAUUGAAAGAGAGGAAAAGAAAGUACCAGAGAAAAAAGCAAAUGAGACUGACGCUAAAUAUCGUAAACGACUAGAACAGUUUAUUAGAGAAAUUGAACCUCUAAACAGACAGGAGUAAAGCAGAACUAUUAUAGCUUCUUAAAAUAAUACCUCUUACCAGCUUGUCUUGAGGGCCAGUAUACACUUUUCAAUCUACAGGCACUAAAGCUCAAGAUUUAGGAAAAGUAAGGAUAGAUUCUGUUGGCCUUGACGGAAUGAUUUUGACAGGUUCGAAAAAGAAUUUUAAAGCCUGGGCUGCUGUGUAUGUGGUUAAGCAUGAAGACUGCACCCACAAUCAAGUAGCAAUUGUUGUGAAUUACCUUUAUUGGCACAGCUUAACUGUGAUUUCAAAAUUUGUUAUUGUUAUCACAUAAUGGGUAUUAUUGAAACAUAUGAUAAUUGUAAAAAAAAUGUAUGUACAGUAGCUGUGUAAUGUUCUUAAUUUGUACAAAUGGACAUAAUGCUUGCACAAUAAAAGGCUUUAUUUCAUUUUUAAAUAAUUAGGACUGGUUCCUAUCCUAAGUUACAGAAAUUGUACAUUGGAACAAGGGGUAAAAAUUGCAGAAAUUAUUCCCCUCAAAGGAAGAAAAAAUAAAUCUUUUCAUUAAGAUAAGCCGAUGUCAUGCAGAAAAAUUAUUUACAAUGUAUGAACAUUUUUAUCAAGUUUAUGUAUAGACCAAUAAACCAAACAAAUACACAAAGGUUUAAGACAAGUUGCCAUAGUUUACAAUCUGAAAAUACUAGUUUUAAUUCCUAUUAAAAUAAUGCAUUCCCUCCUUGAUUUUUAGUAUUUAGACAGUUUGAAAAACUAU